GACACGUGUCAAUCAUCUGUACACUAUGGCAACGACCAAACGGGCGCUCCUUUUUCUCAGUCCCCCCAAAACAUAGAUUUUCCACAGAUUGACAAUCACGAAAACCGCCAUUGAAAUUGAUUGUCUGAAGCAGCGCAGCACCACCGACCUCAUUUCCCUCUCUGUAAACACACCCUGCAUAAGCAGCUGUACAUAUAUGUAUAUAGUUCGUACGUAUCGCUUCUUCUCUACACAGUCGGUGUUAAAAUUCAUCGUUUCCUUUAAAUCAGGAUCAUAAUCACAGUUGUCCGAUCAUUCGAUUUUGUCCGAUUAACUGAUUUUGAGAGAUGGCGCCGCCGCCGUCGGAGGAGGAGGAAUUCGGAAUCCAAACCCUAACCCUAACCCUAAUCCCAGGCCUCCCGAACGAUUUAGGAGCUCUGAUCCUCGCAUUCGUUCCUUACUCUCAUCACUCCCGCCUCAAAUCGACCUGCAAAUCAUGGAAACGUUUCUUCUCAUCGAAAGCCCUAAUUUCUCUCCGGCAGAAUUACGUCAUCGCCCCAAAACUUCUAUGUAUUUUCCCCCAAGACCCCUCAGUUUUCACUCCAUAUCUAUUUGACCCCAAAAAUCUAUCGUGGUGCCCGCUCCCACCCAUGCCCUGCAACCCCCACGCCUACGGCCUAUCCAAUUUCAUCUCCGUUUCUGUGGGCCCCCACCUCUACGUCAUCGGUGGGUCCCUCUUCGACACCCGGUCGUUCCCGCUCGACCGCCCCACCCCCUCCCCUUCCGCUUACCGUUUCGAUUUCGCCACCUCAUCGUGGGAUUCACUGUCACCUAUGAUCACGCCGCGUGGCAGCUUCGCGUGCGCCGCCACGCCCGGUAAUAAGAUCGUGGUGGCCGGGGGUGGGUCCCGCCACACCAUGUUCGGGGCGGCGGGGAGUAGGAUGAGCUCGGCGGAGAUGUACGAUAUAGGUAGGGACGAGUGGCUGCCGUUGGACGGCUUGCCUAGGUUUCGAGCUGGCUGCGUUGGCUUCUUUCUCGGGAGUGAGUUUUGGGUGAUGGGAGGGUACGGUGAGUCUAGAACCGUUUCGGGUGUUUUCCCGGUGGACGAGUAUUAUAAGGAUGCGGUGGCUAUGGAGUUCAAGAAUGGUGCCAAGUGGAGAGAGCUUGGAGAUAUGUGGGAGGAAGGGGAAAGAAGGCGGCUUGGCAAAAUCGUUGUGGUUGAGGAUGUGGGCCCCGAUUCUCCUCGUAUUUUCAUGCUCGACGGGGGUGAAAUAUUCUGGUAUGAUAUGAGUUCAAAUCGGUGGGCAAAGGAGACGUGUGUGCCAAGAAAGGCAUCAGACGACGCGUCGGUAGGGUUUGUUGCAUCGGACGGAGAGCUGCAUUUGCUGACCCUCUUGAGUGAGACAGAUGGCAGAGGAUGGCGUCAGCGUAAAAGGUUGUCAACACUGUUAAUACAGAUAUACGAUCUUAGGAAGAGGGUUUGGAGGUCGGUUAUUGCAAAGCCGCCUUUUCAUCAGCCUCUCGAUUUCAAAACAGCGGUAAUGUGCACCAUUCGACUCUAGAAUUCAAUUAUUGCUUUGUGUGAAUAUGUGAUGUGUAUAGGUGUAACGCUCGCUGUUUUCCUCGAAUUUGUAGAGUUUAUGUUACCCCUUUGUGUUGAUAUAGUGUUGAUCGAUCGAAGAAUACUGUUUGUGGCAGCCUGUAUGUAUAUGUGUAUAUAUAUAUUUAAACUUCUAAUGUUACCUUUGUGAAUUGUGUGAUUA